GAGAAGAGAGCAGCGUCCCUUCCGCUUACCCUGAGGGGCCGCCACCGCCGCCUUGGGGUGGGCUGCCUUUCCCUUCCGUUCCCGGGAGCCCCCACCAUCACCGUCGGACGGCCUCGGCGUCAGGAACAAUGACGACGCUGGACGACAAGCUGCUUGGGGAGAAACUUCAGUACUACUACAGCAGUAGUGAUGAUGAAGACAGCGAGAGGGAAGAUAAGAGCAAAGGAGCCACGCUGGAUGAAUCUGUCCCAGGAGAGGCUGAGCUGGGCAGUGAUGGCCUCACAGUUAACACAGGUCCGAAAGGUGUGAUUAACGACUGGCGGAGGUUUAAGCAACUGGAAACAGAACAGAGAGAAGAGCAGUGUAGAGAAAUGGAAAGACUUAUCAAGAAGCUGUCUAUGACCUGUAGGUCUCAUUUUGAUGAAGAGGAUGACAAACAGAAACAAAAGGAACUUCAGGAGAAAAUCAACGGGAAGAUGACGCUGAAGGAGUACGGCAUAAUGCAGGACGGCCAGGACGACGAAGCGUUCCUGCAGCAGUACAGGAAGCAGAGAAUGGAGGAGAUGAGGCAGCAGCUUCACGGCGGGCCCCAGUUCAAGCAGGUCUUCGAGAUCCCCAGCGGGGAGGGCUUCCUGGAAACGGUGGACAAGGAGCCGAAGGGCACGCUCGUCAUCGUCCACAUCUACGAGGACGACAUCCCGGGGGCCGAGUCGAUGAACGGCUGCAUGAUCUGCCUGGCCGCCGAGUAUCCGGCCGUCAAGUUCUGCAAAGUCAAGAGCUCCCUCAUCGGGGCCAGCGCCCGCUUCACCAACAACGCCCUCCCGGCCCUCCUCAUCUACAGGGGCGGGGAAUUAAUCGGCAAUUUCGUGCGCGUCACCGACCAGCUGGGAGAGGAUUUUUUCGCCGUGGACCUGGAAGCGUUUCUGCGGGAGUGUGGUUUGCUCCCGGAUAAAGAUGUUGUGCUUUUGACUUCCGUGCACAACCCAAACGUUUGUUAUAGCGAGGAUAGUGACCUGGACAUAGAUUGAAACCGCAGCUCAAGGGACCGGUGUCCGUGCCGCAUAUUUCCGUACAAUUAUUUUUGUGUCUUCCCAUGUGUUUUGGCUUCUCACCUGUCCUGCGUUAGUUCCUCUGUUGUGUGUGUAAAGUCAAAAGUUCUCAACAUUUCUUAAAUUACAUCAAUAAAAUGCCCUCAGUGGUGUAAAUAAGCACAA